AUGGCCAACAACGCCCCAGUCCCACCUGUCAAUGCAGUCAUCGUCAUCGCCAUCCGCAUACCAAAUGCUACUACCGCGUUCAACCCGGCUGUGAACUCAAUCUACAGUACACCUCUCCACGGUAGCUGUGAGCAAACAUACAAGCGCACCAAUUUGCUGUUUGUCGUUGGAGUGGUUCCUAACAAUCAACAAAUCCGCAAUAUUCCUGAAAAUCCAAUAUCCACCACGACUGGGGACUGGCACUCCCCUGGCGGCAGUGCUCUCUCUACCAAUGAGAUGACCUUCAAUGUCGAUAAACGUUUGUCAACCGUGAAAUGCCGCUGCUUCAAAAAUCUUCGGGGAAUUGUCAGUUCAAUUGUCCAGCAGAUGGGUGGCGCCGCUGUGUUCACAGCUGCAACGCCAGCGCAAAACAUUACCAUCUUCCGCCAAUUCUACCAACAAGACCCAUACAAUGUCACUCGCGCCAUGCUUCACGGUGCCGGAGCAAAGGACAUCAACCUUGACGCAAUUUUCAACUCGCAGCACGUGAACCAGACUCCGAUUGGUCAGAACUCUGGCUUUGAUCAGGUUGUAGUGCUUCGACAAUGGUUUGAGUUCUUCUUCGAGGAAUCUUGCACAAUUGUUGGACAACACUAUAUCUGGGGACCUACCCCUAAUCCCUUUGGUCCUCAUGAAGCGAGAUUGGCUCUUCAGGCACUUCGUGGUCAGUUUCUAGCUGCCAACAACAACCCCCAAAACAACAACCCACCUGUUCACAUUCUUGAUCCGAGGAAUAUGCCGGUGUAG